GAAAUGUCCGCAGGUUGUGUGAGGUGGCUGCUGGGCCACACGGCGAGGGCCGUGUGCGGUGGCCGGCCCGGCUACUGGACGCCGACCCUGAGAUCGGCCGGACUCUGCGAAAGACGCAGCGUCGUCGCUUCUGCCUGGAGCCGAGCUGCGUUCUCCACGGGAGCCUCUGAAGAAGAACCGGUACCCGGAGCGAAGAAGAAGAAGAAGCAGCAGCAUCCCGGAGGCCACGCCUCCAUAGGCAGCGUCGGCCGGAAGAUCCCAGACAGGGAGAUACAGGUGAUCAGCGAGACGGGGGAGAAUCUGGGGCUGAUGCAUCGCGCCGACGUGAUCAGGAUGAUGGACGCGAGCGAGCUGAAGCUGGUGCCGCUGAGGGAGAACAGAGAGCCUCCGGUGUACCGGCUGAUGAGCGGCAAGCAGAUCCACGAGGAGCAGCUGAGACUUCGGGAGAAAAACAAGGCGAAAGCAGGUCCCGUGCAGGUGAAGGAGCUCAGCGUUUCAGUCGGCAUCGCCUCCCACGACUUGGCCACUAAACUGAAACAGGUGGAGAGCUGGCUGGAGAAGAAAAACCACGUUAAGCUGACUCUGCGGGGCGGACGAGCACAACAGGGCAACGACCUGGAAACGGCUCUGGAGCAAAUGGUGGAGCAGAUGAACUCCGCGUUGACCUUCGUCUCCAAGCCUAAAGUUACCAGAGGGGGUCAGGCGGCCACGUGCGUCCUCCGCCUGCUGACGGCAAAGGAGCUGUCGCAGAAAGCGAAGAGCAAAGCCGAAGAGUCGCAGCCUGCAGCCGCUCAGAGUAAAACACCUCCCGUUGGCAACACGGACACACCAGAGGAGAUUGUGCAGUGAGAGACGGUUUCACACGAACAAGUCGGUGCCCGAAUCGCACAGCCUGGUGCUUCAGUCGGACUCGGAGAGCUUAAGGUCAUCCUUAUCAACGGCCACACUCAGGGUUUCCUGUCGGGAAGUCAAGCUGACUGCAGUUAGGACGCACUGGAAAGAAAUUUACUGGAGAGACACAAGACAAUUAGCAGAUGCAAGCGGCACAGACCUGAAAACAUCCAUGCAAACGACAGUAAAUCACAUCAAGUUGCUGAAAACCUGCAGACGACUGGGACAGCAGCUAUGGAGAGGAGCUCACAAUAAGAUAAAUCCACCACAUGAACGUGCAAAAUAACUGCAAGGGUAGCCAAAGAUCUGCAAAAUAACCCGAAACGGACUCAAAGUGACCUAAAAGAGGCCAAACUGCAGUGCUGUUUAACUAAACUCAGAUAAGAAGACGCACAGCAUCUCAACGACCUUCUGGAAGACGUGACGAGAAUUGCAAAGGCACGGCAGAACGAAGACAGGGAUAACAGUGCAGCAACCUCGACUCUCCUGCAGAAUAAAAGCCAUAAAAAGGUUGAGACAGAGACCCUGGUGGUUAAAAGAUUCUGCAAAAGCCGUCAAACAGAUAUUCAUGGAGCUUCUUCUAGGGUGGUUGGGUUGAUGCAACCAGCAGGAGAGAUGAGGGUGUUUCUGUGUAGCUGGAUGUGAACAUGUGGUUAGAUGGGUCAGAAGCAGCGCUAAAGAUUACUAUCGGAUCCAGUUUCUUUUCCUUCUAAGUGUGAAUAUGCGGGGAGUAUGUUAGAAAAACGAUGUGCAAAUAAAAGGAAAUGAACGGUGGUUCAGGACGUCAAGAACGGGAAGCAGCCUCAUCAGUGUGAAUCUUUCUCUUUAUUUUAAGAUCGGUUUUGGUAAAAAAUAAAAGCGAAUUUGGCUUACAGAUACAUUCA